UUUAUCUUCUUCACCUUACGUGUGUCAUUUUAAUAAGACGCUUGAGCUCUUUUGUGACAUUAUUGUCGUUUGUCAUCAGAUAAGAAAUCACUGUCUGUAUCAAAAUUUUCACGGAUUAUAUAUUUGAACUUGGCAAAUCAUAACAUGUUAGUUCUGUUGUCCCUUUCUCGAACAUUGUGAAUUCAUAGGUUAACAUGGCAGGACUUGGAAGCAGAAGUAAAACAGCUUUGGCAGUGAUGACAGGAAUAACGGGUUUGGGCUUAGCAUUUUACACCAGUAGAAGCUGUUCAAAAUUAUUACGUAGAUUUCUUAGUACCUCCAAAGGGCCAUCAUGGAAAAUGACCGUAAAUGUUGCCAGCAAUGAGAGUCAAUGUAUUACGCUAGUCAACGAUUUAAAGAAGGAUAUUGAAUUUUCGAAAGUCCUUGGCUUUGAUUGUGAGUGGGUCAAAGUAGAAAAUGUACGGCAUCCAGUUGCAUUGGUUCAACUUGCCACACGGGAAGGACGUUGUGGACUUUUUCAAAUUCAUUUUUAUUCCUCCGUGCCUGCCCCUCUGCAGGAACUUUUAGAGGAUACAACCAUUUUAAAAGUUGGUGUAGAUCCAUUUCAUGAUGCAAAAUAUCUACUUAAUGAUUAUGGAAUAAAUGUAACUGGUACUUAUGACAUUAGACAUUUAGUUGAGAAAGAAGUUGUUGGUGGCCUUGCUUCAAUAGUUUUUACGGAGUUAGAUGUCAAAUUACCCAAGAACUUUGAAGUGCGUGUGUCUAAUUGGGAGGCCAAGGAACUGACUAAAGAACAACAGGAAUAUGCUGCAAAUGAUGCUCUUGCAUCCCUUCUGGCAUUCAACAAAUUAAUUGAUAAAAAGGUGAAAGUUCCUUUUUUCAGCUCUAAAGAGGAACAGUGGAAAAAGAUUCAUGACCAUUGUGCACCUUUGGUGGACAUUCGUUUUGUAGACAAGAAGAAAAUUCAGCAGACUGUAGCACCUUCGCAGAACUCGAUAUUUCCACUGAACAGAGACCAGUCAGGCCAGCCCCAUGCCACAAAUCCAACAUUACAGGGCAAGAGAUCAUACAUGUCAAUUCCAUAUCGUAAAACACCAUUGUAUGAUAAUGCAUACAUGCUUGCACCGGAUGGUGCUAUCCUUUGCACGUGUGAUUUCAAAAAGGCAGAAUGGUAUGUCUCUAAAGGUCUGGCAACUAUAGUUGAUACAGAACCUCUGAAAAUACAACUAAAUUUUCAACCAGCUGUAAACCGUAGUCUUAAUGGAACUUCAGCAGAAUACUAUACUUUUGCAAAAAAGAAUCAGUGUGUUGCCUGUGGGAGGAAAGAAAGUUACGUGCGCAAGAAAAUUGUCCCUCAUGAAUACCGCAAACACUUUCCAGAAUGCAUGAAGUCACAUCAGUGCCAUGAUAUUCUUCUCUUAUGUACAAAUUGUCAUGUUCGAAGUAAUGUGUCAGACCACAGCAUGAGAGUAGAGCUUUCACGGAUUUGUAAUGCUCCACUUGCAACAGAUGAGAAUGUAAAGGUUACAGAAGACAGGACGAGUAAAUCUAUUCGCUCAGCAGUUAGAGCUUUGUUAAAUAAGUCAAAUAAAUUGCCAGAAAAACGACGUAAGGAAUUAACUGAUAUGCUCUCAGAUGUUUUGCAAGCUGAUCUCACUCCAGAUCUUCUAAAUAGUCUAAAAGACAUAGACAUAAAGAUUGAAAACCAGGGUUAUACCCCACACGGCCUUGCUGUUGUUGAACAUUUUGCCAAGGAAGGUGUAAGAGGACUGAUGCAACUUGAGAAAAUGUGGAGAGAACAUUUUCUCAAUGUUAUGGAACCAAAGUACCUGCCCCCUUUGUGGUCAGUCGAUCACUAUCAUGAGAAUGAUAAGGAAUUCUAUUUUGAUUCUGAAUUCCUUGAUAAAAUUAAAUUUGUCUAAAUCAAGAAUGACAACGGAAGACAAACGACUCUCAUAGACAUAGAUUGAACAAAUUAUGCAAAUGUAGCUAGAAAGAUACAAUUUAAGGAUGUGGAAUAUGUGAGAUAUCUUUUAAUAAAUGUAAGAAAUUACCAUA